UGGGAAUGAUCAACGCCUGACCUGAGGCUCGAUCUUCUCCAUAGUGAACUUGGACAGUGAGGCUCCUUGCUAGUUUCUAAAAGGAGGACACUGAGAGACCAAAGAAAAUCCUUGCUUAAAUAUAAACCCCACAACCUUGCUCUCAUCAAUAUUCAAUCAUACAGAGAUGUCGAGCCGUUCAAAAAAGUCUUCGCGAAGAAGCUCAGCAAGCACGAGGGACCAAACAACAUCUUGGUCGGAAUGGCUAUGGAGCGAAGAGCGGGCUCAGUGGUACAAGUAUCGUUUGGACUCCAGGGGGGAGUAUCAGUACCAGUAUCAAGACCCUGAGACUCAACAGGUUCUUGGUCCUGCUACAGCACAAGACAAUACAUACAACCCCGCAUAUGUACCAGCAACCACAAGUGGACAAGACCCAGCCGUAGAUGAAUACCAAACCACGCCGACACACGCUCCUGCAGAAGGUUCUUAUCAAAGCUCCUCCUAUAGUUCAGUACCGACACCGGCAGUCAAUUCUUAUGACGAAGACAUAUACGGGUCAACGCCUAGGCCCAUAUCAACAACAGAAGGAUACCGCAAUAAUCAACAAUACUAUCCGGUCCCCAAUGAUGAGGGCUACGGAGACGACUACCAGACUCACCAGACUUUCAAUCAGCCGAUACUGGAGGGGGAUGAAUCAGAAGAUUCAAACGAGUCGUACAAGGAAGUGGUCCCAAGACCAGAUCCACAACCAGGACCGGUAAGUCCAUUUCAUUCCCACAGGAGAAAGUUUGAGCUGACUGAAUCAGUGUGGUGGUCAACAUGGGUGCCCAAAUGGAUCGAAUCGAGACCCAGACGGUCCUGAUCCUAGACCUCCGCCAUCCGGAUACGCUUCUAGAAAUACACCAAAGUAUCAGGCAAGAGGCUCGAGACACAGGAGGGACUCGACGGACAAAGGGAGCUCUAGUUCCAAAGGGAAAACCAGAACCCACAGCGGGGCUAAUGAACCCGUAAUCAUGGGUGAAACCGAGUUCGACCCUGAGAAAGAGAAAGAAUUCGCAAUCUGGGAAAAUGAGUACAGCACAUGGAAGGACGUAACUUGUGCAUGCGGAUUUGGCUAUUACACCGCUUUGGGAGAGUGGAUUUCAGGUGCAGACGUUCGAGCGGGACUGGCGCCACCGAGACCUCAGCAAGACACGGUGGAAAUGUAGGGCAUUGAGCUCAAGCAGCCUCAUGUUGAGGAAGCUGGCGUGGUAGCAGAGGCCUGUGG